GAAGGUAGUGGUUGUCCUUCUGCUGCUUCUGCUGUUCUUUCCAGUGAACCUGUUGGUGGUGUAGAUGGUCGACCAGGUAUUACUGAUUCACAUUGUACUACUAGCGGUACUGCACCUGAAGAUUGUGUAGAUUGUUCUCAGAGAGGGCAAUGCACUACUAAUGCCCGUGGGACUGAAGGUAUUUGUUCUUCUAGUGAUUCUUCUUGUCAACCAAAGGCACAGGAACCACUUCUAACUCCACAAGCAGAACAUGAGCUGAACGCUGUACAAACUGAUCACAACCCUCAAGGUCAACUCGGUGAAAACAGUGAUAGAGGUGUUGGUCCUCUUGGUCCUCCUUCGGCUCCUGCACCUGCUCCUGCUCAGGGUAGUGUUGAUCCAACAGGUACAAAUAAUGUGAAGGGAGGAGUCGUUGGUGCCCCUGCUGAGCAAGUAACUCCGGAAAAACAAGUUGAAGGAGAUUCUAAUGGUGGUGCUGCUGGUAGUGCUGAUCUCCCUGCAAGUGAACCUGAACAUGGAAGCGGUGAACAAAGAACAACAGGUGAAAGUGCAGGUAAAGCGGAAGGUGAAGAAGAAGAACCUUCUCAUUCUUCCGACAAUUCAAACCAA